ACAACAAAAAUACAGACUGAUAAUUUCGAUUUCAUCUGUCUGAGUAAAAUUCUCCCCAUGCCAGACAACAACUAAUUUCGUUUUUCCCCCCAAGGAGAGAAAAUGUCGAUUGUUUCGAAAUCAAGAGGCGCAGAUGACUAGCGGCAUUGUGUUGACAGAAAUCUCCGGUAGUCUGCUCAGAAAUUCGCACCCUCGUGAUUGUACAAUGCCAACAAGACUACAACAUUUCUCCCGCCGGAAGAAGAAUAGAAGUAACAACAGACUCAUCAAGUCUAGAUGAAGGGACACCUUUUGUCAUGGAUGUGGCGUGAAUGGACAGACGCGGCUUGGGUGAGAGAACAGCCCUCAGUAUAACAGGUACACCCUCUCCCGGGGUUAUUAUGAAAAUAUCAGGUGACGUAGGCGGUGGUCUUCCUGCGCCGCGAUUGGUCGAGGCUUGUUGACCUUCCACACAACCCUCCCACUUCCCCCGUCGGCUGUUAUAACAUUGUGCGUAACGUUAGUAGUCAGCAGCGCGCCCGAGAGCAGGCGGCUAUGUCUUCACUUUCCUGAAAGGAGUCAGAAAAUACAGAGGGACUACUUGGAACUGCUCGGAACGUCUACUUUGGAAGGAAUCCCCUCUCCUGUCGGAUCGUGUUGUUGUAUUCUGUGUGCGGACUGCAGGUUUUAUUUGUGAAAUCAUGGACAUGAAUGUGCGGAGACCCAAACGCCCGGCCAGGACGGCGGAAGACUCUUGCAGCUGCGGCAGCACGCACCCGUGUUCCGGGACGCCGGGCUCCCGGCCCGCCGCGCGCCGCAUGCGGAUCUCCAUUCACCCCACCACUGGUGGGCAAUUCGAACUAGACGUACCUUGUCAUGAGACUGUAGAGGAACUAAAGCGAAGGAUAUCCAAACAGCUGAAAGUGGCCAAGGACAGAAUUAUGUUGCUGCAUCGGGACAAACAACUGAAGCGGGGUUCCCUGGACGAGAACGCCGUGUCAGAAGGAAGUAGGAUCACGCUGCUGCCGGCCGUGGAGUCCGGCCUGAUCUCUCAAAGACCAGAACAAACGGUUAUGCAGGCCCUGGACAGUUUAUCAGAAACACAGGUGAAUGAUUUCCUGUCCGGCCGGUCUCCCCUGACCCUGGCGCUGAGAGUCGGCGACCACAUGAUGUUCGUGCAGCUGCAGCUCGCGGCCCACCAGAUCCCCGCCAGCCACCAGCCGGCCAAUCAGGGAGCAGCCUACAAACGUUUCGCAACAACCAAUAGCAAAUCCUCCUCCUUCAGCUCUGCUGCUGCUACGGCCAAGUCGACGACCACUGCCACGCCGCUGUCAUCCCGCCACCAUCCGUCCAAAUCGUUCACAUCCUCAGCAUCAUCAUCCUCUUCUUCUUCUUCAUCAACAACAUCAUCAACAUCAACAUCUUCUUCAUCAUCUUCUGCAUCACAACAGAAGUCAUCUUCCUCCUCGAAGCAGGGUGCAUUCAUUGAGAGCAUCAAGAACCAUGGACCAGGCAUCUACUCAGGGACAUUUUCUGGCACAUUGAGUCCUUCCCUUCAAGAUGACCAGGGUAGGCCCCGGAGAGACAUCAACACCAUCUUGCACAUCCUCAACGACCUCCUGGGAGCGACGCAGCGGUUUUCCUUCGGACCUGGCGGCACUCUGUCCAGUGACCCCCCAGCACCGGAGACGACAACUACCACCAGACCUCGCACACCAACGCCACCUCCCCCUCCCCGCAGUCCUGCUGAGAUGAGCGCAGCACGGAUGGACGAGGAGAAUCGUGCGACGAGAGGGAAGGUCGAGCAGCUCCAGCUCCUCAUGCAGCAGACACGACUGCGCCGUAAGGCCCGCCGGGAGCAGCGCACGCCCUACUGGACCAGCGGGAGGAAAUCCUCGCGGACGGACAGUACGGGCAGCAGUAGUAGCGACUCCGGCGCGUCUGUGGACAUGGACAUUGAGAGCUCCGUGGCCGCGUCCGACAGCAACGGCUACCCCAAGAUCAACCCGGAAUACGUCUUCGCUUGAACGACACAUCAAACUGUUUGACGUUUUCUUGACUGGCUUGACCCGAGUUGGUUGCAAUCCUUGCCUGACAACUCAAGUUGAUGCCAUUGGGUGUUGCUUGCCUGCAAUUCAAACUUGAACUGUUGACCUUAGGGUCAAGGUCACUUGGUGAGUGAGGUUUAAAGGGCUGUGGCAUUGUGGUUACUGAGCAAGUCCCUUUGCACUGCACUAGGUGGGUGAUAAAAACCACUAACAGAUAACGCAGUAUAUGGCCUCUAGUCUUGGGGUGGAUCGAAUUAAUGGACCAAUUGACUUUUGUGUGGUAUGAUGACGUUUUAGUCAGAGAUGGGGUGUGAGCUAGUUUGAGGUUUACCUUUAGUGAGGUUGGUAGCGUGGCGGUCUCAGCCCCCUUGUACUAGUGCUUGUUGUAGAAGUUGUGAGUAUAAUAGGCAAUGCAUUCUGACACUGAUAACAAGAAUCGUUGCUUGACAUUUGCAAUGUUCCCAGUCCCAUGUGGCUAUAUCAGCCGACUGUGGCUACUAAUGAAGACUUAAACCCUGGCCUUGCGCUAGGUCGUUACCAUGGAUAGAAAUAACUGGAAAAUACAUCAUGGACGACAUGCAAAUGUACAUACUUACCCAGAAUCCACUGUGUAUCUUGUCACUUGUCAGUUUUUGCUGGCUACCUCUCUAAUGUUUGCUGUAAUUAGCCCUGCAGAUCAGAAACAAACUGCCUGUUAGUUAACUAAAUCCUGAAUUAACCCAGUUUGUACAAAGUUUAUGUCCUGGUACUUUCUGUUCUGUAACCUGUAUAAUGUUAUGACUUAACAUUUUUUUUGGUAUGUCACUCUGUUUAUGCUUUCUUCUGCAUACAUUUGUGUAUUGCUAUAAUGUCAAAACACAGUGAUCCUCAAUUAUUAUUAUUAUUUAUCAGGAAUACAACUCAUGCUGCAUUACAGAAAACUAUCAAAUCAUGUCUUCAUCCUGACUGUUGUACUUACUUGUACAAACACCUCCACUGCCUACUUUUGAAAAUACCUCCUCUUGAAAGAGAAAUAAAAGACUUCCUGAUACCACCAUAGAUGUUUUGGACGACUCCUAACCUACUCUUGGGAAAAGUUAGAACAUACAGCACAUAUAUGGACUGAAUGUAGUAGAAUUUGUAGUACCUGUUAGACUAGAAGUGGCAUCUUGUAGGGGGAGGGGAUAGCACUCUAAACUUUAUAUCCCACAAUUGAAAUAUUGAUAUCUCCGAUAUCUGACAAACAAAAAGGCACAGCUAACAGUGUUCUAAGGUCCAUCACUUUUUGUCUUUAUUUGUGGGGAUAAAGCAUAUUUUACAUCAAUUCAGUUAGGUAGAUGCAUCUCACCAUGUGAGAAUUUCCAUUUCUUCAUCUCAGAAGAAGAAACAAACAGUUGGCACUAACUACUACAGGUUUAGAGUGCUGAAGUCCCCCCCUCCUUUAGAAAUGCCACUUGGUACCUCUCGACCUAAUCCAGUCAUUGUAGACCUGACCUUCGCAGGUUUAGGUAAAAUCCUUGCUAACCUACUCCGCACACAGUAUGUCUGUCACGGGCACCAGCUUCAGCUUACAAGUUGAGGCACUAAACAGUGUUAUUCUGUCAGUAGCGACCAGCCAUGCAACAGAUGUGAAUGUCAAGAGCAUCGCCCCCUCCCCUUGUAUUCUAACAAGUUUUAAUAUUGAGAACGUUCAUGAUUCAUAAAACUUUUUAAAUUGUACGCUUUUCCGUUGCCCUGAGGUAUGCUACAAUUUGCCUUGGCUUUCUCUUUAGUUCCUCAUGAGUGCAACAUUGAAAUCAGUGACGCAGGUUUCCAGGCUGUAACAUCCUUCUAUUAGCCCGAUGACCCAGAGUGGUAUUUAUACAUCUACUGCAUAGCUGGUCGCCCCGUACAACAGUUGUAAAUGAUACGUAAUAAAACUACAAUCCAAUGUACAUAUCACAACUCCCAAUUGUAAAUAGGUACAUACUCUCCUUAGGUAGGUUGGAAUUCAGAACUGUUGCCUGGACUGGCAUUCUAUGGACUGUGUAACUGAAGGCUUGAAUUUUGUUGGGUCAAACCAAAUGAAGGGUUUGAUUAUUGAAACAGAACGUCAUCUAUGACAGUUAAUCUAUGUCAAAGUAAUGACAAUAGUAAUUGUAUUGAUAGAAUGUACGUGUUAGAAUAGCUGGAAGGACAAUUCUCCUGUACAUGUGUUAUACAUAGUAUGUAUUAUAUAUAAACAAUUUACGUAUGUGUGUGGACUGCAUGCUAGACAGGUAUUGAGUAGGGAAGAACCAAGUAUUUUUGGUGAGAUUUUUUCCGUGUAUUUGCACAUUGUAUGAUAUGCAAUUUCAUGUGUGAUGAUCAUGGAAUAUACUUCAGUGGCAGUACUAUAUGAUUCAGUCAACUUCUCUUUCUAUCUGUGUAUGUUUUGGUGUCAUAAAUGAACUUUUCUUGCCAAUGCUGUGUGAAAGCUGGAUGGUGUAAUGUCGCAAUUUCAUGCCAGUUGUGGAAUACUUGUCCCGGAGAGGACGCUUCAACAUUCAAUAAAAAUUCCAACAGAAAUGGUUGAAAUCAUGAA